CCGACGCCGUGCUACGCUGCGCUGGUCUGCCCGCACGGCUCGACUCGGCACGACUCGACUCUCAGUGCGGCCCCGGCAGGCCCGUGUCAUGGACGCAUGGUCGACCAUGAGUGCCAGCAGCAGCAGCGAACGAAACAACGAGAGUACAGUCGCCGCAUACAGAGUCAGGAGUAGGAGCGGCCGGCCAUGGCCUCGGGGGCGGCCGGGGCGGCGGGGGCGUUCCUAGCGGCCACGAUGGCGGCGCUCAACUCCAACUCGGCCUCGGCCAGAGCGGCGGGGGACAAGGCGUUCCUGGAGCAGCUGUACAAGGAGCUGGAGUCGCCCUUCGUGUGGGGGCUCCUGCCCAGCCUCGGCUCGCACCGCUCCGACUCGAGCCGCUGGGACUGCCACAUCCGGAGGCUCGCCGAUGUCCUGCAGGUUGCCGACAGCCCCUGGACCAGGGUCGUGCUCCACCUCAACCUCAGCUGGCUCUUCUUCAAGCGCGGCGACAACCGGACGAGCCGCUCCCACCUGGCCGAGGCGGACGCGGUGCUGGGCAUGGCGCAGUGGAGCGGCGCCGAGGCCGGGCUGCUGCUGCGCGGCGAGGAGGCUGCCCGCCACGCGCUGGGCGCCGCCUGGGCGCACCUGGCGCACGUCUGCACGCCGCUCGCCGACAUGCAGCCCGAGCUCGUGGACAUCACUCCGGUGCGCCGCCUGGGCCCCGGUCAGCGCGCCGCCCUCUACGGCCUGCAGGCGUCGUGUCUCUACUUCCUGUGCGUCCAGGGCGAGAAGAUGGGGAAGAAGAUGGUGUCGGCGGCGCGCAAGGCGAGCGGCCUGCAGCCCGAGGAGGGCGAGUGGCUGCUGCUCAUGGGCAAGCGGCCCGACGCCGCGGCCGCCGGGCUGGAGGGGGACGCCAUGACGCCGCACGCCGCCGUGUACACCGCCACCCGCCACGUCUACUGCGGCGAGUGGCUGGCCGCGCGCGUCCUGCUGCGGAGGGCGCUGGACCUGUGGCCGGCCAACGUGUACGUGCAGGCGUACGUGGCGUACCUGUACGCCGGCUGGGUGCAGGAGCAGCUGCCGCCCGCGGCCGCGCACGAGCGCGUGGCCGAGCGCUGCUCCGUGGAGGCCGUGCGCCUCGCCCCCGGCUGCGUGCUGGUGCACGCCGUGCGCCGCCUCGUGCGGCCCGAGCACAACUCGCCCUGCCUGAGCCGCUGCUCCAAGGUGUACGGCAUGGGCGUGGACGAGAUGGUCACCAAAAUGCGCGGGUCGUGUUUCGUCCUCGAGGGCAUCAUGUGCGGGUUUGUCAGCGGUCACAAGGAGAAGCGAGUGUGAUGGGGUGCCAUCCGCCUCCACGGGCACUGCUACGUUUACGUGUAUUACUUCGUGAUAUUAUUAAUGUAGACCACAACUAUUCAAAGCACAGCUGUUAUUUCUAUUUUAUUAUGUUUUUUGUACGUGCAUACACUAUUUACGACGGAAAAGUUUCUAGUGAAUUCCUGUUGUUACGAUAAAUAAAUCCUGCUGGGCGUAACGCCCGAAGGUCGCUGCCCUUA